CUCCCAUCUGAAGUUCUCGCCCGCAUCCCGCGUCUCCCACAAUACGCGCCAUUAUUUUUAGCGCGCAGCCGCCGCGCAGUCGAGCGGCCGUCAUCAUCACAAUAUUAUGCACGCUUAGUUACUGCUCUAGUGAUAGUGUUAAGUGUAUACAGUGAAAUGUGCGACUUAUGACAAAGGCUUAACCACCAUGGCUCCUCACUUUAAGCGAUACAAGCUCCGGAGGUCGGCACACCUCACCAACGCCAAAUGACAAACUACAAGCCCUUGGGCUCAGCAGAUUCAAACUAUUCCCAACCAUCGUCGGAGCUGUCGCUUGACGAAGACAAGGAGGCGCUGCGCCGCGAGAAGGAAGCGCAGGCUAUCAAACAGCUGGACAAGGCACGGGAGAAGCCAGUGGCGUUCGCGGUGCGCACCAAUGUGUCGUACGAUGGCACCGUGGACGAUGACUCGCCGGUGCACGGCAGCGCAAUCUCCUUCGAGGUGCGCGAUUUUCUCCACAUCAAGGAGAAGUACGACAACAACUGGUGGAUCGGGCGCCUCGUGAAGGAGGGCAGCGACGUGGGGUUCAUCCCGUCGCCGGUGAAGCUGGAGGCGGUCCGGUCGGGGUUAGGGGCCAGAGGGCGCUACCCUCGACCAGCUUCCACCGCGCCGCAUCAGCAACACGCGCCGCCCCUCUCAAGAGGUAGCACCCCUCCCACGCCCGAUGUGCCAUCGUUCGAUCGAGGAGAGGAAUCUGACGGGGCGGGGCGCGGGCGCGGCGCGGGCGCCGCCGGCGGGAAGGAGAAGCGCAAGCCAUUCUUCAAGAAGGCCGAGGCCAGCACUCCGUACGACGUGGUGCCCUCCAUGCGCCCCGUCGUCAUCGUGGGGCCCAGCCUCAAGGGCUACGAGGUCACCGACAUGAUGCAGAAAGCUUUAUUUGAUUUUCUCAAAAGACGCUUUGAAGGCAGGAUAAUAAUAACGCGCGUGAUGGCCGACAUAUCUCUCGCGAAGCGUUCUCUACUCAACAACCCGUCGAAACGUGCCAUCAUGGAGCGUUCCAACUCGCGGUCCACUUGCCUCGCUGAAGUGCAGGCGGAGAUUGAGAGGAUAUUUGAGUUGGCUCGCACGCUGCAGCUUGUGGUGUUGGACUGUGACACCAUCAACCAUCCCUCGCAACUGGCCAAGACUUCGCUGGCUCCCACCAUCGUGUACCUGAAGAUAUCCAGUCCCAAGGUGCUACAGCGACUGAUAAAAUCCCGUGGGAAGGGGCAGACAAAGAAUCUGUCGGUUCAGAUGGUGGCGGCGGAGAAGCUGGCGCAGUGUCCGCCAGACAUGUUCGACGUUAUAUUGGACGAAAACCAGCUCGAGGAUGCUUGUGAACAUAUUGCUGAGUAUUUAGAGGCGUACUGGCGCGCGACGCACCCGCCGGCGCACGAGGACAGCGCGCCGCCGCGCGCCGCGCACCUGCCGCGCGCGCAUGCGCACCACGCACACGCCAUGCCCGUACAAGCGUCGGGGCAGGCCCACUAACAACCGAGCCGAAGACUAAAUUCCAGGUGUUUAUUGUCAGACGCACCGGCCCCCGUCCAGGCGGCAGGUCCCGCGCGACGCGGCCGGAGCGCCUGGAGGAGGAGUACUACCCGCGCGGCGGCGAGCGGUACGAGCGCGGCUACCCGCGCGAGUACCACGACUACGGGCCCGAGUACACGCGCGAGCGGGCGCAGCCGGCGCACGCAGGGGCGGCGCACGACGCGUACGGCCACGACUACACGCGCGACUAUGCGCGGGACGCCUACUCGCGGGAUGAGUAUGGGCGCGAGUACGCGCGCGAUGAACGGCGCCGCGACCGUGACCCGCCGGACGACUACGGGCCGUCGCGCCGCGCGCUUAACGCUGUGUAACCGCGCCGCGCCGCGGCUUACGCCGGCCGCGCCACACUGCCCCGCUGCGCCGCAGUAGCCGGCAGCGCGCCGCAGUGCGCCGCGUGGCGCCGCCGGCGCUGGUCGCCGUGCCGCGUCUCGCCGCGCCGCCGCUUCUCGCGGCGAUUGUAUAAAUUUUACAUACUGAAGAGGGAGCUAAGUUUAGUACCGUUAGAUAUUAUCCGUUUCCCAUUUUUUGAA